AUGCGGUGGCGAGCAGUCUUGGAUGGGUGGGCACACGGAUGGUGCUGGAUCCGACCUGGUCAUCUUGGGAAUAAAGGGGAUGGGAGAAUUGCGCCAGCCGCCGCCGGUUCGGUGCUUCAGCUUCAGACAAAAAGUGAGGACUUCAGAUGA